AGCUGCACAGAGCUUUUCAGUCUUGUCUCAUUUGGCUUCUCCGACUGCAGACUAUCUGCCAUUCCAAAAUUCGAUAAACCGUCAGUACCUUUAAAGCCUGAGCUGAGAUUCUAACUUCCUUCUAUCUUCUGCAAAGAGCAGCAUCACCUUGACUGGAGCUGGCACGGACACAAUCCAGGCUGUGGGUUUGUCUCCAUCUCUCUCGAAGAGCACAGAAUGAGUGUGGAGAGGCUCAGCAGGUCUCUUUGGGGUGCGUGGGAUGGCGCAAACGCAACAUGGCCGCUUCCUGAACAAGCUCUACUCCAGCCUUUCUGGGACUACCUGCGUCAGAGCCAUGCCAGCACUCUCCGCUCUCCACUUUUCCCUGUACUUCUCUCUGUCUCCACCUACCUGGUCCUUGUCCUUCUCUACACCACUCUGGACCUUCUGGCUCCAACGUGGCCAAGUAUUCGCCGCUACCAGCUGCACCCGGAACGCACAGUCACAUGGUCCAACGUGGGCAACACACUAGCGCUCACCACCUACAACCACCUGCUUUACAUCUUCCCGGCAGCCGUGGCACAAUGGCUGUGGCGUCCACCAGUGCCACUUCCACACCAUGCGCCCUCGCUGACUUCCUUUUUGCUUGGUAUUGCAGGCUGCACAGUGCUUUUUGAUUUCCAGUACUUUGUUUGGCAUCUGCUGCACCACCGCAUUGCUUGGCUAUAUGCCACCUUUCAUGCUGUGCAUCAUCAGUACCGGCAGACAUUCAGCCUGGUCACACAGUACCUGUCAGCAUGGGAGCUUAUCAGCGUGGGCCUGUGGACUACUGUGGACCCAUUACUUCUGAACUGCCAUUGUCUUACUACGUGGGCAUUUAUGGUCUUCAACGUCUGGGUUUCGGCUGAGGACCACUGCGGCUAUGACUUCCCCUGGGCCAUGCAUCGGCUUGUGCCAUUUGGCCUGUGGGGUGGUGCACCACGCCACGAUGUGCAUCACACGCAGCCUGGCACCAAUUUUGCUCCCUUCUUCACACACUGGGAUUGGUUGGCAGGCACUGCCAGCGCACCUGUCAAGUUUUGCAACAACAAUGAUCACAACAGCCUGAAAGAGAACGGACUGGGAUCAGACAAAGGGGACUAAGAGACUUAUUCCCUGGAUACCCACUUUUUUUCCAACCCUUCCAAAUUUUUCCAAGAAUUCUGUUCUUUCAUCGUCCACCUCAUCUUCAAUCAUUUAGGUCAUUUUGAAUGUCUGUUAAUUGUAAGUAAAAGAGGAUAUAGUUGAUAUCAUUUGAACAAUGAAUAAUCCAAGUAAACAGACAGAGAGCCUGCGAAUUCUUUUAUGCCCCUUCUCCUGCUCCAUCUCUCUUGCAUCUCUUUACAGAAGCUCCCUCUAUGUCCUUCACAUCCUUACCCAUACAGGGUAUUUUGAACUUUCAAUCAGUUAAGGAAUCGUCUGCACGUCAGGAAAGCCAAGAGAAUGUUUUCUUUGAAAAUGAAGCAUUUCACAUUUCAGUUGGCAAGACAUUAAAAAAAAACAAUGGACAUAAAAUUAAAGACAUUUCCAUUUUCUUUGCAAGCUGUUGCUAAGGAACAAUGAAGUGAGGGAGCUUAAGGAGAAAGGGCUCAUCUACUGUCUCUGAAUUAUAGAACCCCAUGGAAUGAAUGUCAUGUUUUGACAACAGCUAUUACAUUAUCAGCCAUUUGAGACACUGAUUGGUUUCGCCUCCUACACAACACUCUAUUUGAACAACUACUGAAGGACUUCUGUCCAGAAUGUCAUAUAACUAUCUCUAUUACUUCUAAUUUAAUUAAGCAUGUUGUUCUGCAGAUGUGGCACUUUGAGUCUGGUGAGUGUCAGUGACAUAAACAGGUACUUGGUUCAAACUUUGUGUAAGUGUGGUGCACUGAGGAUUGGACUGCGUUCUGAAUUCCACAGUAAUCUGGCACAAACAUGCUUGCAGUCAGAGCAGUUUGUUGGCAUUUUAUGAUACACCUAAAGGCAAUAAAACACAAGAAUACAAAUGUACAACCAGUGUGCAGAUUCUCAGAGGAAGAGUAAUCACUGAGCCAAGAAACAAUCUUCUAGAAAAAAAAGAAUUACAUUUACCCCACAGAAUGUAAAAUUAGUAAGGAAAAAAGAAAGUACGAGUAUAUUUUCAUUCCUACUGUUGCCUCAGCCAUGCUAAUUAGAGAUUAAAAAAAAAAACACAUUAUAGACAAAAGUAUGUGGACACCUGACCGCAAUAUUCAUAUGUAUUUUUUAACACCCCAUUUGGCUCACUGUUGUUAUAAUAAUAACAACAUAAUAUUAAUAUAACAUCCAUCCAUCCAUUUUCUAUACCCACUUUAUUCCUAAUUAGGGUCACAGGGAUCUGCUGGAGCCUAUCCCAGCACACAUUGGGCACACCCUGGACAGGUAGACAGAUAUAUAUAGACAGACAACCACACACACUCACUCCGAUGGGCAUUUUAGAAUUACCAAUCAACCUAAUGUACAUGUUUUUGGACUGUAGGAGGAAACCAGAGUACCCAGAGUAAACCCACACAGGUUUGGGGAGAACAUGCAAACUCCACUCAGCAAGGCCCCUGCCUGUUCGAACCCGGGAUACGGACCCAGGACCUUCUUGCUGGGAGGCAACAGUGCUAACCACUAAGCCACCAUGCUGCCUUAAUAUAUCAUAAUAAUAAUAAUACAUAAUAACUCCCCUCCUUGUUGUUAUAAUAACUUCCAUUCUUCUGGGAAAACGUGCCAAUGGAUUUUGAAGCACGCCUGGCGAAAAUUGCCCAUCCAGGCACGAGACUAUUAGUGAGGUCAAGCACUGAUGUCGUUAGAAGUGCACAAUUAGCCUUCUAAU